CGCGCCGCGCGCCCAUUCCGUCGCGAACCGCCGGCUGACGCGCACGACGUUUGCCGCCAUGCUCGACCACGCGCGCCACUACGAACAGAACAUGUGCGAUCUCUAUCUCGCGCCCGCGCCACCCGCGCCCGAGCGCCUCGACGCCUUCCAGGUGUUCCGCAAGAGCAACUCGACCCCCUACGUGUACGGUACCUACUACAACCACUACGACGCCUUUGCCGAGCCCGACGUCGACGCCGCCGCCAAUGUUUACCACAACCUGCUCAACUCGCGCGAUUACCACCGCGACGAGUGGAAGUACAAGAGUGUAUCCGAGUGGACCGAGGACGACACGCUCUCAUGGGUCGUGGACGCGGCUGCCGCAACGCAAGGCCUCGGCUUCUGCGAGUACGACGUCCCCUUCUGCAACUUUAGGAUUCCUGGCAUCGAGUUACGCAGCCUAAAGCGCGAGGACAUUGUGCACAAGAUGGCGCACCUCAACAUCGACGCCGCUGUCUCCCGUAGGAUCGGGGACGUCAUCUACGAGAAGCUGCAGGCGCGUCUCCACGAGGAGAUGCUGCGCCACUCGGCGAUGUUCCGAUGCGCGGAGGGCGAGGCGUACGCGGGCCCCGAGGCGGCGCAGACGGUGCUUGACCUGGACUCACUGGACCACAAAAACCGACUGUACGCGCUCGACUACCGCGCGGCGGAUGCGGCGCUGCUGCACCCGCCCUGCGACUCAAGCGACGACGACGUAUUUCGCACCUCGGAUACAGCUUCGCCGGAGUACUCGUACGGCAGCGACGGCAGCAAGUCCGGCGACGAGGAAGACAAGCGCAAGCAGUUCAAGCGGCCGCCGGGCCGGCCCAAGGGCAGCGGCCGCAAGGUGUGCAAGCGCCCGCGCAGCGUCUCCGUACCAGAGUUCCUUAGAAACCUGCUGCUCGAUCCCAAAUACUGCCCCUCCAUUAUCAAGUGGGAGGACCACUCGCUAGGAAAAUUCAGGUUCGUGAAGCCGGACGAGGUGGCCAAGCUGUGGGGCACCAUGAAGCAGAACGACAACAUGACAUUCGAGAAGUUCAGCCGCGCUAUGCGCUACCACUACCGUCAGUCGGUGCUGGUGUCCGUGCCCACCGCGCGCCUCGUCUACCAGUUCGGCCACAAGGGGCCCGACUUCACCACAGACAACCCUAACUUCAUCAAAGUGAAGUCCGAGUUCGACGUCCAUGAUAUGUCACUGCAUUAGUCCGUGUUGUGAAUUGUAGGUUUAAUAAUGUCUGAUGCUGCUCAGAGGGAAGGAGUUAUGUCGACGUGGUGUCUCCGAGGAGAUGUUGGAAUGAAGUAUUGUUAUAGCUCAAUUAACUAGCAACGAUGUUUUCAAUGUCUAUGUAAAUGUAUUGAAAUUGAAACAAAUUAGUGUAUGGCUCGGAUUGAGUAUUGGAGUGCAGUAAGGCUAAGUUUGGAAAUGGUUAAGGAUUCGAUAUAUGUGUGACAAUGUUGGUUGGUAGCACACUCGACGAGCGUGCGAGGGGGGAGGGAGUUGUGCAAUGGUUGUGUGCGUGGCAAGGGGGGUUGCGGGACGCCGGGGGGGGGACUCCGGUCAAUUAUCCGCCGAAGUGUCCAUAUUAUUUUUUUAAGUGGUUUUUACUGUAUUUUUCCGAUGGCUUUAUGAAGUCACGUCGCGUCGUCGAGGUGUUUCGAACUUUUAAAGGUUGUUUAGAUCUUACAAAUUUUGAUAUAAUAUUUUUGAUGUUUAAUUGUUGUUACCGUUAGUGCUAAGUGUCGUAUGAGAACGUGCGAGCACGUGUUGGGACGUACGCUCGAACAAACUGCACACAUUCCGCUAGGUUAAGUAUUCGCUAGUGUAGACAAGCUCGAGUUGCCAUACUUACUGAUCGUUUAUAAUUUAUAUUGUACUUAAUUUCGAAUUUAUCUUUACCAUUUCCAUCUAUCAAAGUUCAUAUUUUAUCACGAUUCAUUAGAGUAUAUUUUUAUAUAGUUAUUAAUAAAAUUCUUUCUCAGUGUUAAAUUAAUUAUUAGUAUUAAGAUAAUGUUAUGUGAAGUUAUUGGCGCGAUGUGCAAUAAGCUAAUGACACGAGACAAGAUCUGCCAAAGAUUAAGUUGUAGAAGUCGGUUGAGGUUAAAGAAAAUUGUGUUGCGACAAUCUUAUUGUACCGAGUUAGUAUUAGAAUUAAGUUUAUGACUCUCAGGCAUUUGCUGUGAUCUAAAAUAGUACAUGAAUCAUUUUAAUUGUGUUUGUCUUCAUAACUGAGAUUUUUUGUUAAGAAUACAAGCUGAGACAGGUGGAUAAUGUUUAACAUUUUUAUUUAGUACUUGUAGAGUUACAUUUUAUAGCUUACAAUAAGUUUCAAAGGUUUUAAUAAUUUUCUAUUCAUUUUAUUAAUUUUAACAAUCUAUCGUUUUAGGCGCUAUUUUUUGCGUCUUACAAAAAGUCAAUUGUAUACAGGAUUUGAAAAAAAAACUUGCAGUACAAAGUCUGUGUCUUAUUCUAUUUGUUAUAUGAAGACUCACGUUUAUGUCGGAACGUGUUUUGAUAAAGUUUUACAUAGUUGCUGUACGAGUAUACGGGCAAUACAUAAUGUUUGAUAUCUAGUCCAAAUAUCACAAAAACAUAUAUUUACACGGCUUUGUUUUCGAUUUACAAUUGUUUAAAAGAAAUAUACAAUCAUAGUCAUCGAAGUAAAGUGAAAUCAUUCGAUUCAAUGGUAUAGCCACAUCGUACGUCACAGGGUUGCGAUGUCACAGUUGUGUUCAUAUAAAAGCCCAGUUUAUUCACCCAGUGACACAACACCGUGAUUCACGGCUUUCCAACUACAUACGACUUACCAGUUCUGACUGAACAUUCAUCUAUUGUUUUUAUUACCAAACUACGACGAUAGCGCUCCGACAACGGCCAAUUGUUGACUUAUAAGACAAAACGCAUAUACGUAAGGGUUAGGCAGAUUUUAACUGCUAUUUAUAGAGUUAUUUAUGAAGAUAUUCAUAAAAAUCGAUAUUUAAAUAAGCGUUCCGUUUUAUAAAUGUUAUUGUAAAAUCUUUCGUUUCAAAGUUAUGUAUCAUAGACAAGAUUUGGUGCAUAAUAUAUUUACAUUUUAUUUGUUUUUUUUUUCUAAAUAUUUUAUAGAUUAUAUUUAUUUCUAUAAGUACACGUAAAGUCUGUUUCGUUUCCAGUAUAUUUGUUUAGUUUUAUGUUUAGUUUAUUUGAUGUCGUCUAGAGACGUGUAAAGUUUACUUGACAUAGUGUAAGUCAGACGGCGACCAAUGUGCAAUUGAAGAGAAUUUUAUGUUUACUGAUUGUUCCAUGUUAUUGAUGACGAAUACACGAAUUAUGAAUGUGA